GCAGAUGUACCGCUGUGAACACUGUGAUGAGCUCUUCACAUCAAAGCUGGAGUUACGGCGGCAUCAGAAAUACUCCUGCAGUAGCAGCAACUCUAUCUUUGACUCACUAAGCGAAGACUUCAAACAGGAGCGCGAAGACAGCGAUGAGCCGGUGCACGAGUGCAAAGACUGUGAAAAGAUCUUCCCUAGCGAGUACAGUCUCGGGCAGCACAUGAUCGUACACACAGAUGAGAGAGAGUAUAAGUGUGACCUGUGCUCCAAAGCUUUCAACUGGAAAUCCAACCUCAUUCGCCAUCAGAUGUCACAUGACAGUGGCAAGCGCUUCGAGUGUGAAAACUGUGAUAAGGUGUUCACAGACCCCAGCAACCUCCAGCGCCACAUCCGCUCUCAGCACAUCGGUGCCCGAGCCCACACCUGCCCUGAGUGUGGCAAGACCUUUGCCACCUCCUCGGGCCUCAAGCAGCACAAGCACAUACACAGCAGUGUCAAGCCUUUCAUCUGUGAGGUGUGUCACAAAUCGUAUACCCAGUUCUCUAACCUGUGCCGUCACAAACGGAUGCAUGCAGACUGCCGCACCCAGAUCAAGUGUAAAGACUGUGGGCAAAUGUUCAGCACUACCUCCUCCCUCAACAAGCAUCGGCGCUUUUGCGAGGGCAAAAACCAUUAUAAUCCCGGAGGCAUAUUCACAACGGGCAUACCAAUGACAUCCAGUCCUAUUUUAGGCAAGUCCAAGUCUCAUCAUGGCAUGAACCAUAGUGGACUUGGCUUCGGUGAUUACUUCCCAUCCAGGCUGCAUCAUGCAGGUUUGCCCUUUUCCCCAGCACCCCCUGCAUUCCCAGCCCUUUCCCAUGGCUUCCCAGGGAUUUUUCCCCCAUCACUAUAUCCUAGACCGCCAUUGUUACCUCCUAGUCCACUGCUCAAGAGCCCAUUUAGUAAAAGUCAAGAUGGGAAGCUGCCUCCUCUUGAUGCUCCUACUCUUUCUGCGGUCGCAUCCAUGAACAACAGCAAUGGCAAUGUAGGGAGCGGUCUCAGCAGCCAGUCAGAGGACAAUCGAGAGUCCAAACUGGACUUGUUGUUCCACGACAACAAGAAUAAAGUGAAGAUGAAUGACAUGUCUGAUGGUAGUGACUUGGAAGAUGUGAACACAUCUAGCGGCACAGAUCUAGACACCACCACUGGCACAGUGUCUGGCUCAGAUCUAGAAAGUGAGGCAGAGAGUGAACAGGAGAAGAGCAGGAGGAAACCAGUGCAGGAGAGCAAGCAGGACGAAGUGAGCAGCAGUUUAGUAUCUGUCUCCAGUUCAGGGAACCUCCCUUGCGAGCGUCCUUUCCUCUCCUCCCACCAUUCCUUUUUCCCACCGCCAGAAGAGCAAGCACUUCCACCCUCCGGGGCCACCACUGACUCCAUUAAAGCCAUUGCCUCCAUUGCAGAAAAGUAUUUUGGCUCAGGCUUAAUGGGCUUGCAGGAGAAGAAGAUGGGCUCCUUAAACUACCAUUCCAUGUUCCCUUUCCAGUUUCUGCCCAACUUCCCACAUUCCUUGUACCCAUUCACGGACAGAGCACUCAAUCCUGGCAUGUUCUUCAAACCUGAGCCUAAAUCCCCUCGUGAGCACAUACAGAAAUUACCUACAGCCACUGGUGCGGAUUCACCCUUUGACCUAACCACCAAACCCAAGGAGGUCAAACAUCUUCCUCCACCCCCCAGCAAGCCAGCCUUGCCAUCCAAUACCCCCUUGGCCCCUGGCGAGGAACAACCUCUGGACCUCAGCAUAGGCAGUCGAAGCCGAGCCAACCAGAACGGUGGCACACACAAUCAGCGCAAGAAUCACGUCUAUGGCGCAAAAUGCAAAGCAGCUAAAGAUGAACACCUAGCACUAACUCAGUCCCAGAACUUGCACCAGCCCCAGAUGCCUCAGCCGCAAGCAUCCCUUCCACAGCCACCUCCUCCCCAGCAGCAGCCGUCACUCCACUAUGCCAAGCCCUCGCCAUUCUUCAUGGACCCCAUCUACAGGGUGGAGAAGAGGAAGCUAAUAGACCCAGUAGGAGCUCUAAAGGAGAAGUACUUGAGGCCGGCACCACUACUUUUCCAUCCUCAGGUGUCUGCGAUGGAAAACAUGACUGAGAAGUUGGAAAGCUUUAGAGCUCUGAAACUGGAUGCUCCCAAUUCCCUCCAGCACUCCUCGCACCACCUUUUUAACUUCCGCUCCCCGCCUCCCUCUCUCUCCGAUGCUAUCUUACGCAAAGGCAAGGAGCGAUACACCUGCAGGUGA